GCUUAUUUCUGAACUCAGGGCCGAGGAUUAGGCAGAGAGCAGUUCCAGUGUGAUGACAGCAUCCAGCAUAUAGUCAACCCCCCAUACACCACAUCACCAUCACCAUCCGGCCACGGAGGACGCCGCGGAUAUAGCUGAGAAACAGAAAUCGUUCCUUCUGGACACGCUCGGCAUCAGUGGUCUUGUAGAGGGACCACCCUUUCACUCCCGGUCCGUCUGUCUCCUCCUCAUACCACGAGGUGGCUGCAUCAGAUUGGGAUUGGCCCUGAUGAUUACAAGGACCCCCCUCCACCUCUUUUCAGCCAAUCCUGGAGGGGCUCCAGAGCUGAUGUCCCAGAGGGUGAGAGGGUAUUUGUGUUCUGGAGUCCUGAAGAGACAAGCUACAUCACGAUAAAUGGAGGAGAAAGAGCGAUGUAGGAGCAGGUCUCCAGCUCGGAGGGCCAGCCGGAUGCAGCAGGUGGUGGGAACAAUAAUACGACGCACCCGAGAGUCACUUAGCAGAGAACGGUUGCUAGGUGAUGGGAGGUCGCAGCACUCCAACAGUCUGUCCAAUCAGAACUUCCAGACCAAGCUGACACUGCAGAUCACCAGGGACCCGGUCCUUGACAGCAGCACGGGACAUGGCUUCACCCUCACCUCAAAUGAACCCGUGCUGGUCAGAGACAUUGUCACAGGGAGUCCUGCAGAUGGGAUCCUGUUCCCAGGAGACCAGGUGCUGCAGAUUAAUGACACAGUGCUGGAAGAUUUGAGUGUUGAGCAGGUGGAAGACAUGUUAAGGGACUUGGAGGACUGUGUCACUGUGACUAUCCUGCGGCACAUGACAAAUCCCAAGUCAUCUAUCAUGUCGGCAGAAAAGAGAGCUCGUCUGAGGAGUAAUCCAGUUAAAGUGCGCUUUGCAGAGGAGGUGGUGGUCAAUGGGCACACUCAGGGAAACUCUCUUCUCUUCCUGCCCAAUGUCCUAAAAGUCUACUUAGAGAAUGGACAGACCAAGGCCUUCAAGUUUGACAACACCACCACUGUCAAGGACAUUGUUCUGACUCUGAAGGAUAAACUGUCCAUCCGGGCCAUCGAGUACUUUGCUCUGGUGCUAGAGCAGCAGUACAGCAUCACCAAACUGCUGCUGUUGCAUGAAGAUGAGCUCAUACAGAAGGUAGUGCAGAAAAAAGACUCCCACGACUACAGGUGUCUGUUCAGGGUGUGUUUCAUCCCCAAAGACCCCAUGGACCUGCUGCAUGAUGACCCCUCUGCCUUUGAGUACCUAUUUUUACAGAGUGUUGGGGAUGUUCUGCAGGAACGUUUUGCAGUAGAGAUGAAGUGUAACACUGCGCUUCGCCUGGCAGCGCUGCACAUGCAUGAGAGACUAGAUAGCUGUGGACAGACCAGGACUUCUGUCAAGAGUAUUAUAAAGGAGUUUGGCCUGGACAGCUUCAUCUCUCCCACACUGCUGAGCAACAUGAGAGAAAAGGACCUGAGGAAAGCCAUCAGCUACCACCUCAAAAAGAUCCAGUCCUUGCUAGAGCCACGUCAGAAGGUAAUAUCUGUUACUCAGGCUCGGUUGGCCUACCUCACUCAGCUGGGAGAACUCAUUUCAUAUGGGGGACGAUCAUACACAGCCACAAUGAUGCUUCAAGACAGGGAAGUGCUGGUUAGCCUGCUGGUUGGAGCAAAGUAUGGGAUGAGUCAGGUCAUCAACCACAAGCUCAACGUGAUCUCUACACUGGUUGAGUUCAGCAGCAUCAGCCGAGUGGAACUGCUUUCAGAGUCGGACAAAGUCAGCCUACUGCGCAUCUCACUACACGACAUGAAGCCAUUUGCCUUACUGAUGGACUCUCUGGCAGCCAAAGACUUAGGGUGUCUGCUGGGAGGCUACUGCAAACUCCUGGUGGAUCCCAGUGUCAAUGUCUUCCGUCUGGGGCACCCAAAAAGGUUCGCCGUAAUAGAGGGUUAUGUGUCUCGCUGCUGUAGUGACUCAGAUGACUCAACAGAUGAGGAUGACCCAAUGGACUCUCAAAGUUAUAAACGUCCAGACCCUGCAAGUCAAGACUGGGAAGGAAGGAGGAGAGAGGAGGAAGAAAAGAGGAGAGAGGAAGAAAGAAAGGAGAGAGAGGAGCACAAAGGCAAACAGGAAGUGAAGAUAAUAGUAACAACAGAAGGUAAGGAAAAUGAGGCUGAAGAGGAAAGAGGAGCAACAGGGAGUGGUCUGCGGAAAUUUAGUAUUAUGGAUGAGGAAAUGAACCAGGAGACCAUGUGGUACCACACUGACCCACGGGUCACCAGCAGCUUCUCCAGUUUGUCCAGCAGCUCCUUGAGCGCUGCACUAGAAGAGAGUAGUGCUGCCGCAAAAGCACUCUGUGGACAAUGCACAGGUGGGGAACUCUCAAGCUUGGACAUUCACCACCCCUACAUCUUGGAGACAAAACGUUACCAAGGGCCCCUGCGACCGACCAACCUCAAUUACCGCGGCAAUGACAACUCUUGUCUUUGCUUUGCUGAGCUCUCCAAGGCUGAUUUCCUUCCUAGUCCACCUGAAGCUACCAGUGAUGAUGAUGAUGAUGAUGAUGAAGAGACAGAAAAUAGGGGGCUAGGGGAACUCAGACGCAUUUCUAAGAUUCCUAGUUCAAGAGAUCUGAGAAUGAUUGAUAGCACUCCAUUUCAACGAUCACCCAUUAAAAAAAAGAAAAAGAUUCCUCCAAAAGUCCCACUAAGGACAAGUUCCAUUCCUGGGCACAAAGCAGGACAGGCUGAGCAGCGCCUCUCCAAGGAUGAAGAGGGUCUAUUCCUGACUCCUUCACCCAAUCCUAAGCCAAGUCUUCUGCUCAAAGACACUGUCUCAGAGUCUGAGGACGAGUUUUUUGAUGCACAGGAGAGACUUACUCCUUCAGUUCCUGAUCUGUCAGACUCUGAGGUGGCAGACCGACGAAAUGCUAAUCGGUUGAGUGGUACCUGGAAUAGUCUUCCAGCUGUGCCAGGAAAAGAGCCAUCCUCCCCCCUUGCCAAUAAAGUCCACUGCUCUAAAAUAAAAAAGGAAGUGGAGCUGCUUAAAGGAUCCACAGAUAAACUUUCCACCCAACAAGCCAGUCCAACAAAGCCAUUACAGAAACCUGAAGUUAAGGUCAAACCACCACUGGCACCUAAACCCCAGCUGCCUCCCAAACCUCAGGUCAUUCCUCCCAAGUCCCCCCAGCAUGGGAGAUCAUAUGCCCACUGCAAUGGGGAUGCCUCUGGACGUCUGUCCUCCGAACUCCUGGAAAUGGAGCCAGACACAAUGGAAUUCAAGUCUGUCACAUGUGGGGCAGGUGGACUACCUUUAUCAUCAUCCCUGAUUAAAGUAGUGUGGUCCAGCAAGCAACCACCACCCAUCACAACACCACAAACUGAGGAAAAAAUGAAGAGGCAAGAAAAUAGCAUAAAACAGACUAAAGAUUUGGGACAUGAGAAUGGCACACAUGUGGAUUCCAAAGACAAAGCAUGCAUUUCUGAUGAAAAGGAAACUUCUAAAGUUGAUGGGGAAAACACUGGGACUGUCCUACCCACAAAAAAACUGUCAAACCUAGCCCCUAUCCCUCACUCUAAUUCAGGUACAAAGCCAACUGUUCCACCACCAGUGCCCCCAAAACCCACUUCUCCUGCCCAGCUCCAUCCCUUAUCACUACCUGCUAGCUCUCCUGUCUCACCUACUGAUUCAAGCAAAGGGAUUUUCAAGGAUAGCAUAGGUCCACCAAAUGGAAUCCAUCCUUGGAGCGGCCACAAUGGCAGUGUCCAGACCGGACCCAGGAGAGUCUCUCUGAGCCAUGAGAGCCUCUCACCCAAAAGUACAGAUGCACCUCUCACCCUUACAACAUCCCUGACCUCAACAAGCUCUAAAGGAGUUGGGGGUCUAGAAAGCAGAGAACCUGGAAGAUCUGGUUCAGGAUUAGACCUGAGGACCAGCUCCUCCAGUUUGGGAGGUAGACUUCCAGCCUCUGCCCUGAGAGGGAAAAUCCAGGCACUGCCUUGGUACAUGACCCGUUCCCAGGAAAUUCUGGGAACUCUUGACUUUCCCUCCACUAGCUCCAUCAAUGGAGACACAUCUGGAUUUGGCUCUGGUUUGUCUGUAGCCAGUGGUUUAUCUGACCUAAACAAAACCCCUGUCAAGGAAAAAGAGACAGUGGCCUUGAAAUCAGGAGGGAAAAGGAACAUUUUAGAGGAUGGAGCUGAAGUGGUCAUAGCCACCAUUAAAGAAGCCCAGGAAGUGACCUCACACAUGAAAAAGGCCAAUGGGACAAACGGUUCACACCCUAAUCUGAAUUUUAAAGAAAACAGUGUGCAUAGUGGAAGUGUUUCAUCAGAGCAACCUCAGUCACGGCCCCAUUCAGCAGUGGGGCUGGGCGGUGGGUCUAGCAUGCAAAUUGGAGGUGACUCACCGACCUCUUCACUUGCAGACACUAGCCCACCACAGCAGCACCGUGAAGCUUGUGGCUGCCGCACAGUUUACGCCCACUGUUUCAGUGGAGACACUGAAGAUGGUGUUAGCUUUGAUGAGGAGCUUACUGUUUAUGAGUUCUCCCGCCGCACACGCCCCAAACCUACCCGACCUGCCCCUGUCUCUUCUCCUACAACACCCUUCCCAAACCCCAAUAUCUUGUCACUGCUGAAAGACAACCCCCGUCCGCUCUCUACUUUUUCCACUGCAUCUUCUGAACUCAGUCCCCUAGUUUCAUGUCCAGUUUCCCCCACAGCCUCAUUUGGUGGUCCUCUUCGUUUCCUUACCAACAAAAAUUAUGGUGGGCUGAAGGGAGGUUUUGCUUCCCUACGUCAAGAUAUAGAUCAACUUCUGCUGGUCUUAGAGAGAGGAGCGCUCAAUCAGUCACAACAAACAUCAUGUCAAGACUCAAGACCGGAUGUCACAGGGAUGAGAGAAGGACAUGACCUAAAUCACAAUGGAAAUGAAGGCGAUACUACUCCUGCUCCAGGUCCAAGUUGUACUGGGUCAAGCCCUGCCACCAUGACAGAAGCUGAAAGGAGUCUUCUCCAGGCAGAGGCUCGACGAUUAGCAUCUGGGUGUCAGCGAGCCACACGUGUAGGUUGGGCUCCUGAUGAAGCCCUACGUUCUUUAUCCAACAGCUUUAGUGCUUUGGUUCAGCUGUCAGCAGCCUGCCUGAGAACAAAUCCCUGCCCUGGCUGUGACGUCUGCCGUAAUGUGAAUCUAGUCCACAAGGAUGAGGACGAUGACAGCCAGGAAGCCAUGGAUAAAUUAAAGGAGAUAGUGGGUCUGUACCGGGAGUUUGUUGGUGCUGUUGAGACAGCUGGAACUGGUGCUGGAGUUGGGGGCAAGAGUGUGGGUCUCACUGGAUCUGGACAGGGUCAUGGGGAGGGCGACGGGGUGAGGCUGCUGGCCAAACGCUGCACUGUGCUCAUCUCCUCUGUAUUCACACUCACGCAGCUCUUCCGGACACGCACACUAGACACCUCAGACCCACCUGGCCACAUACCUCUCAACUUUUGACCUGUGAACUCUCACCAACUAAUAAGUCACUGUUUCUUUGGAGGUGAAACAAGAGAAAACAGCACAGAGCAAACUGGUGUGGUACCCCUGUGCUCUUGGACAGUAAGUGCCAUGCACACCACAGCACAGAGACAUAAGCCGACAUUACACACACACACACACACACCAAACAAAAUUCAAAGAGAGGAACCUUCACUGCGUGGCCUCUUCUUGGACACGUACAGACUAUGCAUAUGUACAUAUGAAUUUUAUAAUUAUCUUAUAAUUUUCUUAUUUUAUGAUACAAUAUCUGUAUGUAUGUAAGGAUGGAUUACCCCUGUAUGUAUUUAUGUAUUUAUUUUUACAAUAUUUUCACCAUGGUCUGUAAUGUGCAGGUCACUGGUGAAAGAAAAAACUAUGGAUGUCACUGGAACUAAAAUUUUUUUCCUCUCUUUGAGAUGGUAUUAUGAUUUUUUUCCUUUUGCUGCUUUAUAGAUUUCUCCACUGAACAAGGUGUAAUCUGUAAAUGGUCAUUUUUCAAGUUUAUUAUUACAGGACAUAUUACUGACAAAAUACAAAAAAUAUACUUUUAUCACACUUGCAAAACAAUGUAAUUGACUGAUUAUUUUUAUACGUGCAGGGACCGCACCUUUUUAAGGACUAGGUUUUUCAACAUUGCCGGCACAUAUAAAUGGGAUACAAAACUAUACCAUUACAAUGCAGGGAAAGCACUUUUGACUGUUACAGAUUGCACCUUAUUAUGAGACACAUAACCUUGUGUAAAGUGUUUCUUCUACCCCUUCCCUGGUCCAGGCUGAUUCUGAGGGAAUGCUUCAUGGAAAUACUCCCAUUACCCAAAUGUAUGCAGUAUUAAGCAAGUUUUCAUUCAAAGGACAUGACAUCUAUAUCUGGGAAUGGGUGAGUGGAGCCCAGGGAACAAAACAGAGGACCUUAUAUAUGUAGUUUAAAAAUGUUUUUGACUAGGCACAAGGGAGACUGUUAAAACUCUGUCCAGAUGUAGCAAAUAUCCAAAGUCUUAAAACACCAAGCCACAACUGUUCCCCACUGUGGUUUCCUCUUUGGGCAAACCACCUUAUUAAUAACAAACUGACUGACAGAUCUGGUCUGACUGCUGUAUUCUGGAGUCAGAACUGUAGAUAUAAAUUUAAACCUCUGUGUCCUAUUCUGUCUCAACCUUAGUUUAUGGCUAUGCAAUCAUGAACUCCUCACCCCCACAUACUGUAUUCUUGGUUUUUGUGCUAAUUUUACAAAUGACAACAACAACAAAACAAUAAUACAUUAUGUUCUUCUGAAUAUAAUGGGUGCUUCUUUUGUUUGGAAUGUCAGCUUUUGUCUUGUUUCAUGAAAACCUACCGCAUUAUGGAUUGCAACAUUCUGCAUAAUUGCAUGGCAUUAGCAUUUGUCAAUAUGUUGACUCCUGUCUAUACUGAUGUCUGUGAAUUGUCAGUAAAAGGAUUACAUUGCUCCAUCAGUUUGCUGAUGUACAGUGUUCACUAAUCAGACCAUCCAUAUCACAUGGUGCCAGCUCAGUUGAUGAGCCAUCCGAUCUGAAGGAUUUACUCAAGCCACCUACCACAACAGCACAGUAAUUAAGCCAAAUCAGUCAGCAGUUGCUUAUACAAAUAAGAUAAGGGGAUCAGUUGAAAUAAAGACUGCUUAAGUGAGGAGAUAGGCAGUAUAUCUUAUCUACUAUAUUAAAUGUGGCUACGCUUCAAAAAUGAGGCAUGUCUCUUGUGUGAGACUGCAGAGAUUCAAGUUGCCAUGGAGGUCAUGUCCAGUAGCAGUGUUCAUCACAGCACUAAUACUAACACACAUUGUGUCUCAGGAUCAUCUCUAGUUGUUCAAUCAAACAGGCCAAAACAACAAAGAGUGCCUGUGUCACCUGCGUUUUUUUCCCCUGUAUGGUAAAAUUAUAUCAUUUCAUAUUCAAGAGAACAUUGUGUUUUUACAUGAGCAUCACUUUUCCAUACCCACGUACAACGAAAUCGAUGUACCAAGAAAUGUACUGUUUGGGAAUAAAUUACACACUGACCUUGAUAACACUGGAUGUGUUCGGGUUUUGUCUGUAGACAAUUGUUAGCCACUAGUGAUCUUGAUUUGUGCUUCGUGAAUUUCAUGUACUGGUUCAUACAGUGUAAGUGAGUCUGUUUAUCAGAUCAUAAUACAGUUGAGAGCCACUGUUCUUGACUUAACAUUAAACCCAAGGGCAACUUUUAACAACAGCACACAGAAUGGUCUG